UUCGCAAACAAUGCCACCAGCAGGGGGGACCUUGUUUUCAAACACAUGAGCCUAUCAGAGAUGUUUUGCAUUUAUUCAUGAUGCCCACUCCCUCUGAAAUUGAGUCUCAGUCCUUCAUAUUCUUGUGACCCAGAUGUCUUCCUUGUCCACAUGACACUGGGCAUUAUUUGCAUUUUAACAAAGAGCUGCUUUGUUGAGAUCAUAGAAGUGACAUCGUGUGCCAUCUGAAGAGGACAACCAGAGCACAUCCACAGCAUCCACAGAGCUGUGAGACAGACUAAAAUCAUGCAGUCAAGUCAAAGGAAGCAGUAGAGCUCAGAAAAAAAAAAACAAAACAAAAAAACUCUUGAAAUUGGCAAGAGAUGAGAUACACGGACAGAAACAGGAGCAGGCUGGCCUAAAUUCUGCUAUGCUGGGAUUCAAUGAAGAGGUGUUCCUGGUUCUAAUUGUCAUUGAGUUUAUUCUUGGAAAUCUGGUGAAUAGUUUCAUUGGGUUGGUCAAUGGCAGCCACUGGUUCAAGAGCAAGAAAAUGUCUUUGUCUGACUUCAUCAUCACCAGCUUGGCCCUCUUCAGGAUCUUUCUGCUGUGGAUCAUCUUUACUGAUGGCCUUAUAAUAGUAUUCUCUUACCACAUCCAUGACUCAGGGAUAAUAAUGCAACUUAUUGAUGUUUUGUGGACAUUUACAAACCACUUCAGUGUUUGGCUUAUUUCCUGUCUUGGUGUUUUCUACUGCCUGAAAAUAGCCAGUUUCUCCCACCCCACAUUCCUCUGGCUCAAAUGGAGAGCUUCCAGGGUGGUCGUUGGGAUGCUGUGGGGUGCAUUGUUCUUAUCCUGUGUCUGUACCAUGUCUCUGAUGAAUGAGUUUAAGAUCUAUUCUGUCCUCAGUGGAAGCAGAGGCACGUCAAACAUGACCGAAUACUUGCGAUUGAAGACAAGCGAAUAUAAUCUGAUGCAUGUCCUUGGAAAUCUGUGGAAGCUUCCUCCCUUAAUUGUUUCCCUGGCUUCGUACUUUCUGCUCCUUCUUUCUCUGGGGAAGCACACACAGCAGAUGAAGCAAUACAGCAUUGGCUCCAGAGAUCAGAGUACUGAGGCCCACAAAAGAGCCAUCAGAAUCAUCUUCUCCUUCCUCUUACUCUUUCUCUUCUACUUUCUUUGCUUUCUGAUCUUGUCAUUCAGCCGUUUCCUACCAGGGACCAAGAUUGCCAGGAUAAUUGGUGUAGUAAUUACCAUGUCAUACCUUGUUGGGGACUCAUUUAUUCUCAUUCUGUGUAACAACAAGCUAAAGCAGACAUUUGUGGCAAUGCUUCCGUGUGAGUGUGGUCACCUGAAGCCUGGAUCUAAGGGUCCCUUUGCUUCAUAGAAUAUCAGAGGGCCUAGGCUGGAGCCUGGGGGUUCUUCAGCCUGGUUUAGCACUAGGGAGCCCUUCUGACUUUCCCAUUGAUCAGUCUAGACCAUCAAUAGGAGAGAUGUUGCCUGGUUUGCCCCUGAUCCUACCUGGCUUAAAAGCAAAUGCCACGCUUCUAAAGGCCUCUCU